AUGCCCCAAGAGAGGCGUGAGCCCUUCAGGCGGACAUGCGGAUCACCUGUGUGCGCAGGACAAGGGCACUACACAAUGUGCCGCGACUGUGCCUGGGGCCCUUGCCCCCGAUGUGGAGAAGCCCCAGGAAUGGACGAAGUGGAAACUGAAAGCAGCUUGCCCUACUCUGCCACGGACAGCUUGAGUGAGGUCUCGGAGGCUGUUGCAGCCGAGCUUUCUUGGCGUAUCCUUCGAGUUCUAGAUACGGCCAUGCGCCCUGUGACUGCUAUUGCUGUAGCACGGCAGUGCGGGCUGCAGGCGUCCAAGGAUGUGAACCCGACACUCUACCGUCUGGAAACUGCUGGAAAAGUCGAAAAAUGUUGGAAUGACCGGCAGCCUUUGUGGCAGCUAGCAUCGAGAGCAAAGCCACAGCCAACACAGCCCAUGCAGGGAUAUCGUGGUUCCAUGCUGCCUGAUGCCAUGGUGCCAGAGGAAGUGCGGCACAGUGACAAUGCCAUGGUCAAAGCCACGGACAGUCCUCUGGUGAAGAACAUUCUGACCAUCCUUGCUAAAGAAGGUGUUCCACUGACCGCGAUCAGCGUCGCACGGCGGUGUGGCCUGGAGAGGGCCUCCGACGUGAAUCCGACGCUUUAUGCCCUUCUGAAGGAAAGCAGGCAGAGACAAACUACAGAGGGCGUGGGUCAGCUUCUCGCGGAGCAGGUGGAGUUAGCAGAUGUGGUAGUGGUGAACAAGAUCGACCUGGCCAGUGAGGAUGAGCUGAACACGACCCUGCAGGUGGUGGAAGCGCUGAACCCCAAAGCAGGAGUUUGCCGGACUAAAUUCGGCCAAGUUGCUGUCUCCACUGUGCUUCCACCGGUGCCUAACGGACUUCGUGUGCAGCUCCAGGGCGGUGGCGACGGAUACUCAUGGACACAGACUGCGUCUGAGAUCCACAUCCGCAUGCCUAUUCCACAGCAUACCCGUGGAAAGGACAUUGACUGGGCCUUGGGCAAGCGCAUGCUCAAGCUCGGCUUGAAAUCCGCUCCUCCGGUAGCCGCCGGCCAGCUCGAAGGACUGGUGAAGAACGUCAGCGAGACGGUCUUCGAGAUUGAGGGGCAGGGUGCAGAGCGCGCCGUGCUACUGUGCCUGGAGAAGAAGCUGCCUGGCAUGUGGGCCGGCCUCUGGAAAGACAAGCUGCCAGCCUGUGGCCACCCGACGUGCAAUGCGAACUGUGCGCAAGCUGAGCCAACGACUGGUUUGACAAAGGCUCAGGACCUUGCGCGAGAGCGUUUCGGCCUCUGGAGUUUCUCCUUCACUCGGCGGCGGCCCUUCAGCGGUGUACGCCUCAGAAAGCUCCUCGAUGCGUGGCCACUGCCAACCACGCAGGACCUGCGCCUGAAAAGCGACGACUCUCAAGAGGAGGAGGUGUUGUCCUUUGAGCCGACAUUGGGCUGUGCCCAGCGACGUACUCUCCGAGCUGUUCUGCGGUCGAAAGGCUUUUGCUGGCUUGACACGGAGCCCCUGCGACAACAUGUCUGGGCUCAUGCUGGCAGGAGGGCCGUGGGAAGAGAUGUUCUGCUGUGA